GAGGACCAGACCAACUGAUAUCAAAAGAAUACACUGCCAAGGGAUGUCGGGUCAUCUGCAGCAAAGAAGGGAGGAGAGAGUAUAGUGAAAAAGAGUUGAUUACCACUGAGCAUCCAUCUCUGUGUGUCUUUGUGAUUUACGAUGUGGGUGUGCGCCAGACUGCCAGGACAUCAUGCGAGGUCACAGGUCAAGUGACAUUGAGGAGCUUCUGAGACAGUCUCACUCAGAGCUUCUGUGGAUCCAGAGACAGCUGUCAAUCAUCGCUGCCAGGAACUCCCAUCACCUGCAGGUCCAAGGGAAGCUGAGACAUGAGGUUACUCCCCUGCACUCCACAGUUCUUUCAUCACACAACGUCAGCCUCUUCCGCCUUCUGGAGGAUAGAAACCGAGCCCUAAAGCUUGAGGUGGCUACCCUUCGCCAGGAGAAACAGCAGUACAGAACACUGAAAACUAAGCUCCAGGAUGCGUUGCAGGAGAAAAAUCGCCUGAACCUUGAGUUGUCCAGCCACAACCUGAAGGUAUCCAAGUAUGACCAGGUAAGGUCAGAAUAUGAGCAACUCAGACACACCUAUAGCACUGUGAGUCAGGAGAGAGACUUGGCUCAAGAGGAGAGGAAACAGCUCCAAGGCAAACUGGAGAACCUCGAGCAGGUCCUCAAGCAUAUGCGAGAGGCUGCAGAGAGGAGGCAGCAGUUGGAAGAGGAGCAUGAGCAGGCCCUGGCUGUCCUCACCAACAAGCAGCAGGAGAUUCACCUUCUGCAGAGGGCUCAGGUUAAAGCUGAGAAAGAGCAUGAGGGAGCGGUCCACCUGUUAGAGGUCAAGGUUCGCGACCUGGAGCUGAAAUGCAGGUCACAGACUGAACAGUUUGGCCAGCUGUCCAAGGACCUGGACGAUUUCCGUCUGGAGGCGGAUACUGUAGACAUCCUCAGCACUGAGCCUUUCUCCAAACACAACGUUCCCUUUCGCCCAGAAAAUAAACUCUCUCAAAUCCUCAACGGACUGGCAGCCCAGGCAGGGAAAGGCGAUGAGAGCUCGACAAACACUCGGCUGAUAUCCAAGUUCCUCCGCCCACUGCAGAUCGGAGACAGAGAUAGGCCGGAACUGCUGUCUGUCAAUCCUUCCACCGUGACAACGAGCUGCCCCAGCAGCCCGCGACGGGUGACUCCCUCAGAGAUGGAGGAUGAGAUCCGUCGUGCACCCAGGUCCAAGCCUCGCUACACUGGCACAGUCCGUCUAUGCACUGCCCGCUACAGUUACAACCCUUAUGAUGGGCCUAAUGAGCACCCAGAGGCAGAGCUCCCCCUGGUGGCUGGGAAGUACCUGUAUGUGUAUGGCACAAUGGAUGACGACGGCUUCUACGAAGGGGAGCUGCUGGAUGGCCAGCGAGGACUGGUCCCCUCCAACUUUGUGGAGUUUGUCCAAGACAAGGAGAAAACAUCCAUCCAGCCAGGGGACAUAGGGGAGGACCUGGGCUCUCUGGACAAUACCUCCCUGGGUCUAAUGGGGGCCGAUGGAGGGCCCCCUCAGGAUGGGCUACUGGGCUCCACCAACCCACUGGGCCCCUGCAGCAACGGCACAGGGAUCCUGGAUCCUGAGGAUCUGUCUGAUGACAUUGUGCCUUACCCCCGGAGGAUCACCCUAAUCAAGCAGUUGGCCCGUAGCGUCAUUGUGGCCUGGGAGCCCCCCAUGGUGACUCUGGGCUGGGGAAACAUCAGCUGCUACAACGUGCUGGUGGAUGGUGAGGUGCGUGCCAGCGUGCCCUACGGGGACAGGACCAAGUCUUUGUUGGAGAAGCUGGAUCUGGACACGUAUACGCACCGCGUGUCCGUGCAGAGUGUGACAGACAGGGGACUGUCGGACGAGUUACGCUGCACCCUGAUGGUUGGAGCCAACGUGGUGGUCGCGCCAUAUGGCCUGCGUGUGGACGACAUCCUGCGCGACUCGGCCGAGCUCUCCUGGUUGCCCAGCAACAGUAACUAUGGGCACACGGUGUUCCUGGAUGGGGCGGAGCAUUCGGUGGUGCGGCCGGGGAGGUACAGGCUGCGCUUCGUCAACCUCAAGGCCAUGACGGUGUACAAGGUGAGGGUGGUGGCCCGGCCACACCAGGUGCCAUGGCAACUGCUCAUGGAGCAGAGGGAGAAGAAGGAGACUGCUGUGGAGUUCUGCACACAAGCUGCUGGUCCUGGACCAUAUUCCAGAUCAGGUCAGAAGGAAGACCAGUUUGUUUAUGGGAAAAGUCCCCCAUUACCCCCUCAGGAGGUGCAGGUGCAGUGUGGCCAGGCCCCAGGGGUCCUGCAGGUGCGCUGGAAGCCCCCUGUCCUCUCACCCACCGGAACCUCCAAUGGAGCCAGCGUCAUCGGAUAUGCAGUCUGCACUAAAGGACAGAGGAUAGCGGAGGUGUUGUACCCCCUGGCUGACUAUGUAACAGUGGAGCUGAACAGGAUCCAGUGUCUGGAGGCCAGGGAGGUCAUCGUCAGGACAUUGUCAGCACAGGGAGAGUCCCAGGACUCCCAAGUUGCCCCCAUUCCAAACAACCUACUGGUGCCUCUUCCUCAAAAUGCCCCCCUGUCCCCUCCGCCCCUACACGCAGGGCCCCCUACAACUCACCCCCAUGCCCCCCCACCCCACCUCCAGUCACCUCACCUCCCCCACCCCCAACUGCCCAUGCCUCACCCCCAGCCUCUCUCACCCCUGUCUCACAGACAACCCCUCCCUAACCACCCUCCUCACCCUCAACCCCAGACACACCUCCAACCCAUGCAACCUCAUCCUGUCUCCCAGACCCAGACUCACCAACAGCCUCACCCCCCUCACCCUGGUGGUCCUCCACAGCCACAGCACCUCCAGCCUCACCCACCUCACCCAAUGCCCCAGCACCGCCUACCCCUGCUGCCUCAUCCCCCCCCUCAGCUCCACCAGAGACCAGUGAGUGCCAGAGACCUGAAACCGAAAGAGCAGGUGGCUCACCAUGGGGGAAUCCCCAGCCAGCCCUGGGACCCGAGCUGCUCCCCCUCCGGCCAGCCUCCUCCUACCCCCAUGCAUGGACACACCCUGGAGGCGCCCCCCUCUGCUAACCUGCGCUCGCCCUCCCCCCAGAGGAUCCUGCCCCAGCCCAGGGGCACCCCCAUCCCAGACCAAAUGGCCAAAGCCAUCGCCCGCAAGGCAGCACAAAGGGUGGCUGCAGAGAGUGGCAGAAUGGAGAGGAGAGUCAUCUACAAUGAGCAGUGUCAGGCCUUCCACCAACAGAACUCAGACGAGGAGGAGGAGGAUGAGGAAGGGUAUGGUCGAAGCCGCAGGAGACAGGGGGCCUCAGUGGAUGAGUUUCUCAGAGGGUCCGAGCUGGGCAGGCCGGCCCACUACAGCCACAGUGAGGAGUACCACAGUGACAGCAGCCGGGGCUCUGACCUUUCUGACAUCAUGGAGGAGGAUGAGGAGGAGCUCUACUCUGAGAUGCAGCUGGAGGAGGGACGACGACGCAACUCCCACAAUGCACUCAAGAUUGGGAACACCCUCUCUGGGGGUCGGCUGGAUCGGGAGACGGGGAGAAGAAUGCCCCGAGACGGUCCACAGCCCCAGAGACGCCCUCUCAUGGUGCCCUCCAUUGAGGGAUACAGGGACCGGGAACGCCGCUCCCCUCCUAACGACGAUGAGUCGGAACCAGAGGAAUCGUUCCGGAUCUUUGUGGCUCUGUUUGACUACGACCCCCUGUCCAUGUCUCCCAACCCGGACGCAGCAGAUGAGGAACUGCCCUUCAAAGAGGGCCAGAUCAUUAGGGUAUAUGGUGAUAAGGACACAGAUGGUUUCUACCGAGGGGAGAUCAGGGGAGGCAGGAUGGGGCUCUUGCCCUGCAACAUGGUGUCAGAGAUCAGGGCUGAGGACGAGGAGACCAUGGACCAGCUCAUCAAGCAGGGCUUCCUCCCGCUCAACACACCAGUGGAUAAAGUAGGAAUAGGGCAGGACAGACGAGGCUUCCGCCAGCACCAGGCAACAAGGAGGAUGGUGGCCCUCUACGACUAUGACCCCAGAGAGAGCUCCCCCAAUGUGGACGUGGAGGCUGAGCUGACCUUCUGUGCUGGUGACAUCAUCUCUGUAUUUGGAGAGAUUGAUGAAGACGGGUUCUACUAUGGUGAAAUCAAUGGCCACCGCGGCCUCGUUCCCUCUAAUUUUCUAGAAGAAGUGCCUGACGACGUGGAGGUGUACCUGACAGACACUCCGUCUCGCUAUGCCCAGGACGAGCCCGCCAACCGGGCCGAGGCCAAAAGGGUACAUCGCCGCUCUCAGCGCUAGGCCCUCUGUCCAUCCAUCCUCCGUCUCUCUUGAUUUACGUCUCGCUUUCUCCACUUGCCGUCUGUGUUCUGUGUGUGUGUGUUGUCCGUGUUUGACAGUGACAGUGGUGAAUAUACAAACCUUACCCCCCGCCUGGUGAAAGGGACAAACACAGUCAUACCUUCCGAUUGUUAGAAAGGAAGAAGCGAAGGCCAAAGUGGACAGAGAAAUAGAACACUUGACCUAUGUCAGUACGGGGCAGGUGAUAUUCACAUAGCAGUGACAAAGGACAGUGGAUAUUUGAAAAAGGUUUAAGUCAUUAAUUGGGUACCCUCUUUGCACUGAAACACAAAACCAAACUCUGGAUAUUGUGUCUAUUAAUAGUGCUUUAUGAACACAUCUGAAGAGUUCCUGAUUUCUAUCAGUUGUUCUCCAAUGGAAGUAAAGGAUUUGAGUAAACUGUAGGGGUUGAUAAUAUAGCAAAGCAUGCCUUUUCAAAAAUAAACUUGAUACCUUUUAUAUAAUAGUAGACUUUAUUGGCCCGACUGCUGUAUUUCCUGGGAGAGGCUUUGUUUCUUUUUGUAUACUGCACACACUUAAAAAUAUAUAUAUUUUUCAGGUCUUGAUGAAAUUGGAUAGAUAUGCCAUGUUUGAUCUAAACCAGAUGAAAUAACAGCCACAGUGAGACACCCAUACUGUAAUGGUACAAUGGAACAAUAAAAUCAGAAAUUGGAUAUGAAUAAUUUUCAUUCGCGACCUGUGUUCGUGUGUAUUGUAGUAUUUUUUAUAUUUUUUUUCCCUCAUAGUUGUCGUGUGGGUUGUACUGAAAUGAUGAUGUCACCACAUCUGAUUUCCUUUUUUCCUCACCUGCUUGGCAAAUACAAACAGAAGAAGAUUGUUCAUUUCACAUCAUAAAAUCUGCCUCGUACAGUAAGUGAGCAACUAGAGAUACCAGCCUGACAGAUCUAAUGCUGGGCAUUGUGAUUAUUACACCUGUGUUAAAUGGUUUAUUUGUAGCCAGUAAACAUUCUGCUUACACAUUCACAAGUGUAUAGCAACAUGGUCAUUCAUCAUGCUUGCACAUUAAAGUAUUACAUACCAGUUGGUGUAAUGAGGAAAGUGUUUCCUCUUUUCAGUGUAAUUAUUUAUUUGCAGCAUAAAUUAGACAUUGUUGCAAA